UGAAGUGUUUUGUUUACUUUGUUCCUGUCUGUUCCUUAUUUUACAAAAUAAGGAAAACAUUUUGUUUUUGAAUUUUAUUUUAUUGUAUAAAAGCCAGUUUCUUUCUUUAGUUUUUGUUCAAUACAAAAUAAAUUAUGAAAACUCCUACUACACAUCAAAACGAAGAUUCGCCGAAGACAACACAAAAAUCUACCAAAAAAACUAAAUCUAGAGCUAAGUCCACAAAAGAAUCACAAAUCGCUGGAACUACUAUCAAGAAUGCCAUACCGACAACGAGUGGACCUGUAACAACACAACAGCAACAGGGAAAUAGUAUUAAUCAAUUGAAUUUGAUUGCAACAACUCCCACUUCAUCAUUGACCGGUGGGGGCGGAGUAGGGGUAAAUAUGUUUGAGACUACCUCCAUAGCUCAAAUUGGAGGCAGUGGUCUAAGUGGUAGUGGUGGUGGUGGUGGUGUUGGUACAAAUAGUAAUGAAAUUAAUACAACUUCAAGAAACAAUCAUAAAAGUUAUGCCGGGUUGGAGCCUCGCUCUAUAAAAAUCAUAUGGGAACAACAUGAUCAAAGUGAUGUGGAACUUUCGACCGAAGUGUGUUCCCGAGUUGCGGAAGAUGCUUCAUAUAAAUUGUGGGAGUUGAUGAACAAUAUAAAAACUUACGCCCGUCACUCGGGAGGCAUGAUUACAUAUGACUUAGUAAAUGAAGUGCUUAAGGACUCAGAUGUGCCGCCUUGUUUGGGAGCCAUGGAUAGUGAUUAUGAUCGCAUUGAUUAUGAUGGCAGUUAUUUUUUCCAUUCCGAUAAAAUUCUUGAAUUGCGCGACGAAUACCAGAAGGAUGUCCCGUUUAAUAUGGAUCUUGGGCCAGAUUUUAAGUGUUCUUGGCCGGUUGACGAAAGACAUAUGGCAACCGUAAAGAAAUAUGUGCCCAGUCUCAUAAAUGUGGUUGUAAAUGGCAACUCGGAUGAGUUGGAUACAGCACUUUCUGAGGCAGCCUUCAGUCCCUUAAUGGGUUCCUGUUAUCGCUUGUUACUCAUCAAGAUAAUACAAAUAAUUGCAUUUAAACAAAAUAAUCAGAUAAGUUCACGUUGUUGGAGUCUGCUCAGGGCUUUGUCAUCGAACCCUCGCACCAGGGAUGUCGAGUGUCGAGAAGAGUAUUUUCAUUUAGCUGAGAUUUUAGUUUGCCAACUGUUGGCACCAUUUGAGUCAAUAAAAGUUCAAAACAAUUCAUUGAAAGAUGAAGAGGUCGCGGAUCAGCAUACAAUAAAAUUGGAAAUGGGCUCUGCGGUAGCAUUUAGUGGUACAAACAACGAACUUUCCUCAAUGGUCGAUCAAGCUAUGGAAAUUUCAACAGCAGAACAAGAUAACAGCGAAAAAUUGUUUAAACUCGAACCUGAUAGUGAUGAAGAAGUAAUAAAUGUAUAUGAUGGUUGCACGGCAAAUUUCCAGUCGUCACAGUAUUUUGCCACUCCAGUGGAAUUGGAAUUUGUAAAUGAAUUAUGUGAAACGUUGGGAAUGUUGGGCGCAAUCAACGGAUACUUUCAAAGUGAAUGUUUACAUAAUAUAAUAAGAAGACUUACUAGGUUCUUUAACGGCCGUACUAUACAGAAAGAAAGAGACUACAAUUACAUUAGUCGCUCUGCCCGCGGACUCAUUGCAUUGGGAGAAUAUGCAUUUAGGGAAUUCAUACCUUUUGUUUACAAACUCAAUUUGGAGGAUAUUCCUGACUCGAUUUGUGUCGAUUUUAAUGUGUGCGGAAUAUUUCUUCAUGGAGCCGAUGACAUUUUUCUCUACGAAUGGUUGCAGGACGUUUGUGGAGGUGACAAAUUACAACCUUUUCUAACACAUUAUGCGCAAUUUUAUGAAAAAUUCCUUAAAUAUCGCUACACGAAAUGUAAACAGUCAACGUUUAAAUUAAAUCCCAAAGUAGGUGUUCGUCGUUUGGAAUGGAAUGCUUUAGCGGCUGCAAUGUGCCAUGGGGACGAUCCCAAUAGGGCAUUGAAGCCAAAGCCUACAUUUAACGAAUAUUUCCCAGAAUUAAAGCGUAUAAAUAUGAAAUUGAAUCGGGCUGGAAAUAUACGUUUUAAAUUUGCUGGCUGUCGACCAGUUAUAUUAAAGUCAAAGCAACAAUUGGAAGGUAAUUCGCAUGCAUCGGGCAAGGGAUUUUCUGCAAAUGAUAUAUUGAUAGCUAAACGUAAAUUGUUUAAACCUUUGACGAAUGAAAAAUCAUUAUUACCAUUAUCUACUUACUAUUAUUUAAGGUUAUAAUUUUUUUAACAAAACAUUUAAAUAAAUUCAGGAAAAGAUUAUAGGAUUAA